AUGCAGAAGCGCGGCAGGAGCGCGCAGAGGGGCGGAGACCUGGUGUCAGGGGAGCUUCAAGAGAUGGAGGGGGGGCAGAGGGUCCGCGGAAUGCGGGCUAUGGCGGACGGUGAAAGGCCUGAGGACGCGGCUUUUAUGCGGCGCGCUCUCGAGCUGUCGAGGCAGGCGCUGGGACGCACGUCGCCGAACCCGAUGGUGUUCGCGCUGAGAGCAGCGGGCAAGGCAGCAGCGGGCGCGACGGCGUACGUGACGCUCGAGCCGUGCAACCACCACGGGCGCACGCCGCCGUGCAGCCAGGCGCUGGUGAAGGCGCGCGUGCGGCGCGUGGUGGUGGGGACCGUGGACCCGAACCCCCUCGUGGGCGGGGAGGGCCUGCAGACGCUGCGGCGGUCGGGCGUGGAGGUGGUGGUGGGCGUGGAGGAGGCGGCGUGCCGGCGCAACGUGGAGGCGUUCAUGUUCCGCAUCGCCAACCAUCGCCCCUAUUCCAUUCUGCGCUAUUCGCUCUCUCUCUCAGGCUCGCUCCUCCCGUCCAUAGGCACGUCGGGCUGUGCUGCCGGCAGCUACCGCAGCCAGCUCCUGGCUGAGUAUGACGCUGCUGUUGUCACAGACACUGACCUCCUCACCGCUGUCGCUGCUCACGCCUCCCUUGCCGAAUCUGCUGAUGACGAUGCCGAUGCUGCUUCUACCAGCCCAGCGUCCCUCCUGUCCUCGGAGCCUGAUUGCCAGCAGCCUCUGCGUGUGGUUGUUGCUCGAUCCCUCGCGCACCUCCCUCGCUCCGCGCCCAUUUUCGACACCUCACUGGCUCCCACGCUCGUGGUCACGAACGAGUCUGCUGUGGUGGUGGACGUGAGUGCAGCAUCGGCAACAGGCCGCGCGGCGGCAGAGCAGUGGCUGGGGGAGUGUGGAGUGGAUUUAGUGGUGCUGCCGGAUGAGUUCUCCCCGUCUGACGUCAUGGAGCUGUGUCUGGAGCGCGAUUGCAACUCCGUGCUCUGGGAUUGGCACCCGGUACUGCAAGGCGUGGCUGCUAGCAGCAGCAGCAGUGAGAGUAACAGCGAGAGCUCUUCCAGUGACGGCGAGGGCUGGUCGCUGGGGAGCUGGCUGAUGGAGGAUGACGCAGUGGAGAAGGUGGUGGUUGCCCUCUCACCUGUGCUGGGUGGUAGCGCGCCUAGGGGAGCAGCAAGCAGCAAUGGCGGCUGGCUUGAAGGUGACAUGGGAGAGAUGUUUCCUCUGCAUGGUCUGCAUGCGCAUGUGUGCGGUGAGGAUGUCAUUGUGGAGGGCUACGUUCAGAAGUAG